AGUAUAAGUUCCCAACUUCCUACUGCCAGUAUCUCUUUCUAAGCCGGCCAGCGGUGAGUCUCCACAUCUCAUUUUCCACUUUAAUCUCUGCAGUGUCUAAACUUCUCCAAAAUGAGCUUCAGAAGAUCUACCGUGCAGUCCCGAUCCACACCUAAGUACAGUUCUGCCAGCAUUUAUGGCGGUGCUGGUGGAAUAGGCUCCCGCAUUUCCUCUGCCUCCGUAUCUUCCCUGCGUUCUGGUGCCCCAAUGACCUCUUCUUCCUCUGCCUACAAGCUGAGCAGUGGAAUGGGUGGUGGUAUGGGCUCAGGUUUUGGAGGAUCCGGUGCAUCCUUUUCGACUGGUGGUGGUGGUGGUGGUGGUGCUGGUGCUGGGAUCAUCGGCAACGAGAGGGGAGCCAUGCAGAACCUGAACGACCGCCUGGCCAACUACCUGGAGACGGUGAGGAACCUGGAACAGUCCAACCAGGAGCUGGAGAUGAGGAUCAUGGAGGCUUUGGAGAAGGGAGGGCCCAACAUGAGAGACUACAGCAAGUAUCAACCCAUCAUAGAUGACCUACGCAAUCAAAUCUUUGAUAAGAUCGGCGAAAAUGCUCGUUUUGUGCUCCAGAUCGACAACGCCCGUCUUGCUGCUGAUGACUUCAAAGUAAAGUUCGACAAUGAGAUGGCAAUCCGCCAGUCUGUGGAGGCCGACAUCGCUGGGUUGAAGAAACUCAUAGAUGACACCAACAUGACCAGGUUGAACAUCGAGAGCGAGAUUGAAGCUGUCAAGGAGGAGCUUGCCUUCCUGAAGAAGAACCACGAGAAUGAGGUGAUGGAGCUGAGGAGUCAGAUCUCCCAGUCAGGCGUGCAAGUGGACGUAGACGCUCCCAAAGGUCAGGACCUGGCCCAGGUCAUGGCGGACGUGAGGGGCAACUAUGAGAAGAGUGCUAUGAAGAACGCGGAAGAUCUCAAACGUUGGCAUGAAAAUCAGAUUGCAGAUGUGCAGGUGGAGGUAUCACAGAACACAGAAGCCCUCCAGGGAGCCCAAAUGGAGAGGAGUGACUCAAGCAGACAGAUACAAACCCUGGAAAUUGAACUUGCAUCCCAACAGAGCUUAAAAGCCUCCUUGGAGGACACAUUACGCAACACAGAGCAGCGAAACAACAAUGAAAUGGAGAGAUACAAUGGAAUUAUUAUGCGUCUGGAGGAGGAGCUGACCAACUUGCGUGCAAACAUCCAGCAUCAGACGCAAGAGUAUGAGCAGCUGCUGAACAUGAAGAUGAAACUGGAGGCCGAGAUUGGCACUUACAAGAAUCUCAUGGAUGGUGGAGACUUCAAGCUCCAGGAUGCACUGGAUGAGCUGGCAGCUGCAAGCUAAUUUGGAACAAAGAAUGUGGAACCAUCCCAACAAUGAAAGCAGAAAAAGCCACAACUAUGCAUUGUGAAAAAAAAAGUACAUGCUGGUCCAAUUAUCUAAAGCCAAGUUUAAACCAAGAACACAUUCUGUGUAAACCAUAAAGAUUUAAGCAGUUCUGAAUAAAGGCAUUUGACCACACCACAGUGAAACAGGCAGGGCUAUUUGAAGAGCAGCCAUUGCUUGACCUGACAGCAAAAUGAAAAAUGAAUAAAACCACUUGUUGACCAGCA